UCCAUUCCACGGUCUGCAGCAACGAGUUAAAGUGUGCGCCGGAAUGUAGGUCGGUACGACCUCAAUUUUUACCAAGCGCUUCUCGUCUGACAACUUACCACCAGUGUGUAGACUCUCACUGUUAGACACGCGAUGGAGAACAAACCAGGGAAGCACAGAUGUAAAGCUUUAUUUCUCGUCGUAAUCUUCAGGCAGUUGAUGUUGAUCGUCUCGGACGAAGUGUUUACGGAACAGACACCUGAUGGUGCGAAGCUGUCGUGUUCCCAGUGGUCGUGUACAAAAAACACACAUCAAACACAACUCUUCGCUUCACGGGGAUACUUCACCUCGGUGGGGUGUGCCUGUGACCAAUAUUGUGGGACUGUGGGAGACUGUUGCAUGGAUUAUAAUUCAACCUCAGAUGCUGAGGUGCCAGAGGCACUUUCUGGUAUGGAAACCUACGUCAGCUGUCUACAAGACCCGACUGUGGCCAAGAAGGACGGGAUUUUAGCUGUAGCCAGCUGUCCCCAAAGCUGGUUCGGAUCUGAGACUGAGGAAUUAUGCAAGUCUAAAAGUGACAGGGAUCUGAUGCUGAGACUACCAGUUACAGGGAAUCGUACCGGUCUUGUGUACCGCAACUUGUACUGCGCUAGGUGCCACGACGAACCCUAUCAGUUGUGGCAACCCACUGUAGACUGCCAAUCCUGGACGCCUUUGAAUCUUAAUGCUGGAUCAAAAAUGAGCGAAAUGCUUGACAACCCCGACUGCAGCCUUAGAUCACUUCCGCCGCACAAAGAUGGGUAUUAUCGCCCCUGUAUACCUGAUGCCAUUAAACAGUGUGACCCUGAUUACGAAGACGCUGAUAUUGCGUCUAGAUGUGAGAGCAGUACCCACAUGCAGCCUGUGUUCUAUUAUAAUGGUUUGACGUUUUAUAAUGCUGAGUGCGCACAAUGUAAUAAUUACCAUUCGCUGUUGUGUAUCAAACCAGGAAGCGGACCUACUGGGGGCUGGAAAUCGUAUUCUUUCUCAAUUCUGUUUGAUUUGAAUACCAACACUGGAUCCAUGACGGUAGGAUCCACCACAGAAGUAGUGCAAAAAGAGGUGAAUAUCACUCACACAUGUUCCUCUUCACAAGUGUAUGACCCAUUUAUUCAGCAAUGUCGUCGUGUCUAUACAGCUGACGUGUUGGAUUUUAAUCCUAACAAUUCAACGGCGAACAUCACCAUUGAUUGCCCAAGACUUCAGUUAAAUGCAAGUGAGUUUGCCAUUUCUGAAAACGGCACCUUGGAGACUAAAUCGGGGUACGUGUACGAUAAAACGGAAUAUGAUUUCGAUGGAGUAUAUGCAUACGUAUGUACAAAUUUGACGCAGAAUUUUACAGAAACUGUCCCGUUCAUUGACACAAAGAUAGCAUUUAAUUUUACACUAACAGCAGGUAUAGUAACCUCAGUAGGAUUAAUUGUGUCGUUGUUGGGACUGCUUGCCACGAUCAGUGUAUAUGCCGUCAUAAAAACACUGAGAAAUAUUCCUGGGAAAAUACUCCUCUCUCUAACCACCUCGUUGUUCUUUGCCAACCUGACUGUGCUUCUCGCGCCGCUUGCAGAAAGUCAUCCAACAUCAUGUGAAGCUGUCGCGGCAUUAAUGCACUAUCUGUUCCUGGACGCAUUCUUGUGGAUGAACGUAAUGGCGGCAGACGUGUGGUUCACAUUUUCCAAGAGUUUUGUCAAGGCGGGCGAUGGUGGGAAGUCGUCGAAGAGGUUCCUAUUUUACAACGUUUAUGUCAGGGGAGUUGCCCUCGUUCUUGUAACGGCAGCCGUAACUGUCGACAACGUGGUCUCUGAAAGUCAAUUUAAGCCCAAUUACGGACGUGGGUUAUGCUGGAUAACAAACAAACGAGGCCUGCUUGUGUUCUUUGCCGUGCCUUUGUUUAUUCUCAUUUGUCUCAACUUCGGGUUUUUUUCCAUUGCGUCCAAGAAUAUAGUGGAUACUGAAAAACAAUCUGCCGCCUAUUUGGGCAAAGGUGUUGAUUUCAAAUUUCGUAUUUGUGCUAAACUGGCUGUUGUGAUGGGCUUGACGCUGAUGCUGGGGUUCCUGGCGUCUAUGUUUCCCUACACUGUUAUCUGGUACACGUACAUUAUUUUUAACACUUUCCAGGGCUUGUUUGUAUGUGUUGCGUUUGUGUGUACCAGAAAGGUGUUCAAUUUACUUCGGGACUGGUUUAGUAAUCUUCGGGUAUGCCCUGCCGCUUCUGACAGACAACCCUCCAGCCCGACCCGUAGCACUGAUGUCUAAACAGAAGAGGCCCGAUCGAGUUGUGAGGUUAUCGGUACUCAAACGGUAGCUGCAAGAACUUGCAUCCGAUGCAGUAUCAGUAAACACGAAUAGGUAAAUAUUGUUCACAGUGGUGAUAUAUAUGCACUGAAACAAAAGGUUCUGUAUCAUAUAUAUAUAUUUGUAGAUAUUUUAUGAAUCUGUGUGCUCUGUCUUCAGUAUAAUGAUCCCACUUGUUCCAUAAAGUGUCUAAAAGCGACAACGAAUACACUCAACUACGGUUAUAACGAAUUCAAAUGGAGCAUUACGUUUCGUGGUGGACACUAUUUGGACUAAAAAAUACAAGUGAUCGAGUGAAAAGACAGUUUGUUAUAACCGUCAGUUUGUUAUAUGCUUUUGUAAUGACGACUGAAACACAAUUUCAUGAAAGGCAUCCUUUCCCUGUUUUGCUCAGUACACGGUGGACAGGUGGGGCGGUGGUUAAGGCGUUCGCUCGUCACGCUGAAGACCCGGGUUCGAUUCCCCACAUGGGUACAAUGUGUGAAGCCCAUUUCUGGUGCCCCCCGCCGUGAAAUUGCUGGAAUAUUGCUAAAAGCGGCGUAAAACCCACUCACUCACUCACCCAGUGCACUGGGGGUGGGGGUAUUCUUUGGUAAUUUAGAGCGAAGAGUGUGAAGUGUUGUAAAGGAGAUAUUGAAUGAACGACUUAAGAUGGAAACGGUUGUGAAAUGUAUCCACUCAAGAUACCCAUCGCAAUAUGCUUAAAACAUUUUGUGUUUGUGGAUUUCAUUGAUAUGUCGUAUAUGAAGGUUUUCAUU